AUGACACUUCGGGUGUAUGGGGUAAAAAAUGUCAGCCACAUUGGUUCUGGUGACUUUGUCACAGAGAAUGGGAGUAUGGCCAGUUGCUCUUUAGGACAGGGAAGGCAACAGAGAAAGUACACUGUAAUACAAGUAUUGGAACAACUUGAAGCUGAUGAUAGUGACUUUGGUGCAGAAUCGGACAGCGAUAGUUAUUCUGAUGAAUCGUUUCAACCACAUGAAAGUGAGGGUGGUGAAUCUUCUGCCCAAGACAGUGACUUGCCCAAUGACUCGUCCAGUGAUGAAGAUCUGCAAAUUACAGAGACUGCAAGCCCACAGUUAGACCCUAAUUGUGCCACAAAAACUUACAGGUGGCGAAAGAAAGUCUUUGAGUUACCUGACGUGAGUUUUCAAGGACAACAAGUUGAAUCAUACCAGGAUGCCACAACAGACACACCGCUGGUUUACUUUCGCCGCUUUGUUUCCCUUGAUAUGUUGGAAAAUAUUGUAGAACAUACCAAUCAGCACAGUGUUCAAAAACACAGGAACUGUGUAAACACUUCAGUAAAGGAGAUAGAACAAGUUCUUGGAAUGUACCUCAGGAUGGGAUUAGUUCAAAUGUCUGGAGUACGUCAGUACUGGGAAAGUGAAGUCCGUUAUGGGCCUGUGGCAGACAUAAUGAGUCGCAACCGAUUCAACCAGCUACUCUCUGUCAUCCACUUUGUAGACAAUGAAAUGGCCAAUGAAGAAGUAAAAAUGGAUCGACUUUGGAAACUGAGACCAUUUUUGGAUUCUUUUCGGAGACAAUUGUGGGCACGCUGUUGUGUCACUGGCCUCCUGCACGACUUUGACAUAUAUCAAGGAAAAGGUGGUGGCAAUGGACAAAAAGGGCCAAAAAAGAGUCAGCUGGGAGUUGGUGGAGACAUUGUAGUGAAGUUAUGCGAAUCGCUUGCAGAUAAAGUAAAUUUCCUGAUUUUUGCUGACAAUUUCUUUGCUUCCAUGCCCCUCAUUGAAAAAUUAUUAGCAAAGGGAAUCUACUACACAGGAACUGUGAGGGAAAACCGUAUGUCCAAGUGGAACCUGAUACCUGACAAAGACCUGUCCAAGAAAGGCCGUGGCUCCUACGAUUAUCAACUGGAGUCCAACACCAACACAGUUUGUUUGAAAUGGCAAGACACGAAAGCAGUCAGUUUGAUGUCAACAUAUGCUGGACCAGAACCUUUGAGAAAAGCUAGGCGCUGGGACAAGUCCAAAAAAGAGUACACCUACAUAGAUCAACCGAACAUCAUCAAAGAGUACAACGCUUCCAUGGGAGGUGUUGACAUGCUGGAUGCGCAUCUUGCACGCUGUAAAUUUCCCAUCAGGACCCGUCGCUGGUAUAUGAUAAUUUUCUGGCACUUCAUGUCUGUUGCGGUGAUCAAUGCAUGGCUCCUUUACCAGCGUGAUUGUGAGGCACAGGGAAUCACUGGAUCUAAAGUUCUCAAGCUUCGCAAGUUUCAGGGUUUGGUUGCUCAAGGUUUGGCUGAAGUUGGAACACCAAGAAAGCGGGGUAGGCCAUCAACUCCUCGCUCCUCCUCCCCCUCAUCCCCGCCACCACCAAGAUUUGUUCGAGUUUAUCAGAGUGCAGAUGUCCGUUUUGACCAAAUCGGCCAUUGGCCUGUCAAGGAGGAAAAUCGCCGUCGUUGUGCUGUGUGCAAGGACCUCAAGACUGAAAUGCACUCUGGUAGGAUGGCCUUACCAUCAUCAAUUAGCAGGAAUAGAAGGCAGGUGGUAGUGUGGGGUAAUAGCCAGACCAGGAAUCAAGCUGACUGUCGGCUUGAUAAGGAGAAGCGGAAAAACUUUUAA